AGAGGCAGAGGCUGCAGGGAGGGAGACAGAGGCUGCAGGGAGGGAGGCAGAGGCUGCAAGAAGCGAGGCCUGAGUGAGGAAUCUGCCUGGAGGAUCCUUCAGACUCAGCCCAAGUUCUGCUCCUCUCCUGCUCUCACUCCCGUUCGUUUCUUGCCUUGUCUCUUCCAUGUUGAGAUUUCUUGGAUUGGGAUUGACUUGGUCCUGACUUGGUGGAAAAGGAGGAAGAAGAAGAAGAAAUUAUUAAUGACCAUUGUGUCUGUGUAAGAUUGAGGGGUGCAAUCAGUUUGUGGAUAAUAUCGGAGACCCCUGGGAAGCUGUUAGCAUGAUGUCAUACCUCAAACAGCCCCCCUAUGGCAUGAAUGGCUUGGGGCUUACAGGGCCGGCAAUGGAUUUACUCCACCCGUCUGUGGGAUACCCAGCCACCCCACGGAAACAGCGCAGGGAGCGGACCACCUUCACCCGCUCGCAGUUGGACGUGCUGGAGGCUCUGUUCGCCAAGACCCGGUACCCGGACAUCUUCAUGAGGGAGGAGGUGGCCCUAAAGAUAAACCUGCCGGAAUCCCGCGUUCAGGUUUGGUUCAAGAACCGUCGGGCUAAGUGCAGACAGCAGCAACAGCAGCAGAACAGCAGCGGCUCUGGAGCCAAGAACCGGCCCACUAAGAAGAAGUGCAGCCCGGCCCGGGAGAGCCCAGGCUCGGAGAGCAGCGGUCAGUUCACCCCGCCUGCAGUCUCCAGCUCCGGAUCUUCCUCCUCAUCCUCCUCCUCCAGCUCCGGCUCUUCUGGAAACCCAGGCCUGGGCACAGCCUCCGCAGCUCUGAAUGGCAGCACAGCCUCCUCCAUCUGGAGCCCUGCCUCUAUCUCCCCAGGCACUGGUCCUGCCCCCAGCGCUGCCCCAGACCCCCUGGGACCCAGCAGUGCCUCUUGUAUGCAGCGUUCUGGCUCCUCAUCUGCGUCUUAUCCAAUGACCUACAGCCAGUCAGCCGGGUACACGCAGGGCUACCCUGCCCCAUCCUCCUCUUACUUUGGAGGGAUGGAUUGCAGUUCUUACCUGGCCCCAAUGCACUCCCACCACCACCCUCACCAGCUCAGCCCCAUGACUCCUUCCUCCAUGUCCAGCCAUCACCACCACCACCACCUAAGCCAGACCUCCAGCCACCACCAUCACCAUCACCACCACCAGGGUUAUGCCAGCACAGGACUGCCAUUCAACUCUUCUGACUGCUUGGACUACAAGGACCAGGCUGCUGCCUCCUCUUGGAAACUCAAUUUCAACUCCACUGACUGUCUGGACUACAAAGAUCAGGCCUCCUGGAGGUUCCAGGUUUUGUGAACCAAGGAACAUAAGUUUCUGGAAAGUAAACUUCAAUGUAAGGAACAUCAGGCCAGGGCCCCUCAGUGGUGUCAGGAGAAGAAUAGGCCGCAACAAUGGUUGCCUAUCUGGGGUGGAGACCUCCUCCAUGUCCAUCAGUCUGGACCUGCUGUAGAAACUGUCCUCCUCCUGUGAAUUUAUUUAUUGGUCACCUGGACUGUGAUGUCUACUAAUAAUAUGGAAAUGCAGAACUUCUUUUUCUCUCCAUCCACUUCUAUGUAUUUUUGGUCUAAACCCAAAGGUCACCACUUCUGAUAAUGUGUAUAUAGAUGCACACAUGUGUGUCCUUCUUCAAGGUGUAUGAUAUAGGACUUGCAGCCUCUUGCUGCCUGUAGCAGCUGAAAUGUGUAAAUAUUCGGUCCGUUUCUAGGACCCAUUUUAUUUUUAGUUUAAUUAUAUUGUUUUCAAUUUAAUAUCUCCUAACAGUCCCUUUUGUGGAGAAACCAAAAUGUUGACAUGAGAUUUGGGGGUCAGAUGUUCUGCACACUCUGUCACAAAAAAACUUGAGUAGAGGCUCCCAGGGGCAAAAGGGUUAAAUUUGAGGUCACCUAUAUGAAACAGUGUUGUUCACAAAGAUGGCAGCACAGAAAAAGUCUGGUUGGAGCCUUGCGGUGGUUUGGGGGCAUCAACUACUCACAUAUCUGGUGUAGGCCUCAGCCAUUAGAGGCGGUGAUGAUGUCAUCAGUAAUGUCUAUUCUAUGAUAGGCUAAGGUUGCCCUUUGAUUUUUGAUACAGUCUACAAGAUGGCAGCCUCCACUGAGCCUGGAUGCCAGCUAAGCUUCCGCCUCAUGGAAAGAAAGGCCUUGGUCUGUGGUUGCAGUGUGUAUUAAUAGGCUUUGUAUGUAGUAUCACUUCAUUCGUACUGUCCCUUUAGUUGAAUUGGGCUCACGGUAUAAAGUUCUGUCUCUACUCAGCACUUCCAUUUGUGUCACUGAAGAUUCGGAUCAGUUUGUCCCUGUGUAGGUGGAAAAUGAAUAAAAAAUAAAUAAAUAUGUUUGUAAAUUUGAUAACAUGGUAUGUUACAUCACUCCCAGUGUAAGGGAAGCACAUAUCUACAUACCCCCUCUUCCCAUAAUAAAAAUCAGACUAAUUGA